AAUAUUAUUCUGUGGCACACGUCUUGUUAAUAUUUUGUUCUAUAUAAUAUCAUUGCCCCCCUCCUGACCUCUCUACAACCGUAAUAUGCAAACCUGAGUGACAAAAAUCCUCUCUUUCUUAUCUCAAACGCCCCAAGAAGAAGAAAGGAGUGUUGGGUUGUGUAUAUAACCGCUGGGGGAGAGAAAAUGGAAGGCGAAAUGAAGGCGUCAAGAUUCAAGAAGAUUUGUGUGUUUUGUGGGAGUAGCCAAGGCAAGAAGAGUAGCUAUCAGGACGCUGCUAUUGAGAUUGGGAAAGAAUUGGUUUCAAGAAACAUUGAUUUGGUGUAUGGUGGAGGCAGCAUUGGCCUCAUGGGUCUGGUUUCUCAAGCUGUUCAUGAUGGUGGCAGGCAUGUUCUUGGAGUUAUUCCCAAGACGCUCAUGCCUCGAGAGUUGACUGGUGAAACAGUAGGGGAAGUGAAGGCUGUUGCAGAUAUGCAUCAAAGAAAAGCAGAGAUGGCAAAACAUUCAGAUGCCUUUAUUGCCUUACCAGGUGGUUAUGGUACACUCGAGGAGCUACUGGAAGUGAUUACCUGGGCUCAACUUGGCAUUCACGAUAAACCGGUGGGGUUGCUGAAUGUUGAUGGAUACUACAAUUCAUUGUUGUCGUUCAUUGACAAAGCAGUGGAGGAAGGCUUCAUCAGCCCAAACGCUCGCCAUAUCAUCGUAUCUGCACCUACAGCCAAGGAGCUGGUCAAGAAAAUGGAGGAGUAUGUUCCAUGCCAUGAAGGAGUUGCAUUGAAGUUGAGCUGGCCGGGAGAUGGGGCGGCUUGGGUACCCUCAGAUGCAUGAAAUCUCUCGACGAAAAUUGGGUCUGCAGCAUAGAAAAGCUUAUUAGGAUAUGAAGAAAAUACUGAUGAACCUGAAGAUGCUAACUUCAAACUGUUAGAUUUUUGUUGUGGAGGGAUGUCUUUUUUUUUUUUGUAUAUUUACUACUUGGAAAAAAUGAUCUUUUAGCAUAUGCACAUGUUGCUAUCCUUGUACUCCCUCCACAUGGAAAUUCUGUCCUUUUUUACUCUGCAAGUUGUAACUAGGUACUAAGGAGAUGCAAUAUUGAUGAAUUCCCCCAUUAAUGUUAACUCACUCAGCUAUUGUGUCCA